AUGGCCGAUGGAAAACGCGCUGCCCUCCUCCUGCGAAAGCAACUUAAGGAGCUCCAGAAGAAUCCUGUGGAGGGUUUCUCGGCUGGUCUCGAAGAUGACAACAUCAUGAAGUGGGAAGUCAUGAUCGUGGGUCCCACUGACACCCUCUACGAGGGAGGCUUCUUCAACUGCAUCCUGGAGUUCCCCAAUGAGUAUCCCGAUCUUCCUCCCGUGAUGAGGUUUGUGACGCCCAUCUGGCACCCUAAUGUCUACGCCGACGGUAAGGUCUGCAUCUCCAUCCUACACCCUCCGGGCGACGAUGAGUAUGGUUACGAGAAGGCCAGCGAGCGGUGGACGCCCAUUCACACUGUUGAGACCAUCCUCAUCAGCGUUAUCUCUAUGCUUUCCGACCCCAACGACGAGUCGCCUGCCAACCUCGAAGCCGCGAAACAAUGGCGAGAGGACAAGGCUGGCUUCAAGAAGAAGGUGCAACAGUGCGUCCGCCGGUCGCAGGAGAUGCUCUAA